AUGAAGUUGAACGCCGCGCUUGCACAGGCUUCCGCCGCAUGGGACGGCGACAUGGACGAGGACAAAGUCAUGGAACACUUUCGUCGCAAGGUUGCGCCCAUGAUGCCAGGCCAUUUGGAAGGAGAUUUUUGGACCGACAUUUUGCCCCGUAUGAGCAGGACCGAACCCGCCUUCCGUCAGGCAAUGGCCGCCAUCGCGACGCUCAUGCCUGGUAUGGCAGAAAACACCACUGAGGACGGUAACGCUCAAGAAGUUGACCCAUAUACGAGAGUUUUGAGUGUUCUCGGAGCCACCCGGAAGCAGAAGACUGGCGUGGAUCACCAAACUCCGGCCAGUCAUAAGAGUGCAAGCAUUAGCACCCAUCCUUUCAACGUACUCCCAGCCAUCGCCGACUCGCCCGCAAGCUCAUCCUCCGCAAGUCUUCCCUCAACCAGCCGAUCGUCGACGACUCCAACUCCGUUCAUCUCACCUCGACCUGCCGAAGAUGAAAGCGACUCGGAUGCGAGGGUAAACAGCGAGGUGAACGUAACUCUCUCCGGAUGUUUGUUGUUCGUCACGGUUGAGUUCUUGCAAGAAGGCUUGGGUGCAGCGAUGGAGCAGCUUGCAUUCGGCAUCGACGUCCUCAACAACGUGGAGCACAAUGAUCUGGCCGAGACAACAAUUGUCGACGUCAUUCCGAAGUUUGAGCGAUUAAGCAUCAUUCAGAUGUGCUUCUACGACAGGCCUUGCUAUCCUUCCCUCGACCUGAGCCGAGGCAACGCACCCAAGCAUUAUCUUGGGCCUUUCGACAAGAACUCUAGCAUAUACAGACCACAGUGCGCCAUGGACUCCAUCAUCCUAGACGCCAUGAAAUUCAUGCGCGCGUCAGGUCCUGACUCGAGGACGGACUCACGGCUGAGAGGACCGCAGUUGACGGAGGAACAGACUGCUAUCUGCAGCGCUUUCGACAAAUGGCACUCCGCUUUCAUGGCCUUUAUUCGACAGCCACGUAGUAGUACGGACAAUCCUCUGCCCCCCCAUACGGACAUCAUCUGCCUAGAGACAGAGAUGAAGUACUGGGCGGCCAAAAUAUGCGUCAGCGUUUGUCAAUCUCAUGAUGAGUCCGUCUAUGACUCAUAUAAGAAUGAGUUUAGGCGCAUGGUGGCCAUCGCGCAAGAAAUUGCAAGCCGAUGCCCGAUUCUACCACCGGAAUCACCGCUUUACAGAUUCAACUAUGAGAUGAGCUACUUGGCCUUAAUGGAGUUUGUCAUCACCAAAUGCCGAUGGCUUGAGCUGCGGUAUCACGCCUGGUUGAUCGUCUGGGAGCUUGCUGCCGCACAACAGCCCGUGACACUUGGGGACUUGCACCUGGUGGGAAGACGAAUGAUAGAGAUCGAGCACAACGCCAACAUUGAGGAAGUGAGUCGGGAAAACGCGUCGUGGUUCUCUCUUCCGGCGGAAGAAAUGCGCGUGAGGGAUUACACCACCGAUCAUCGUUUUGCAGAUCUGAGAGCGGCUGGCGAGGUUGAUGAGGCGAAGGCGCCUGGUACUUAUACCCAACGACUGCUCCUCCGAUGCGGCAGUUAUGAACUAGACGAGCUGGCAAGAUGGGUUGCCAGGGAUAUCUCUUCGAAGUAG